GCGCGGUUGUUCCUCCUCUACAGUGGGCGGCGAAACGAGCGUGCUUGCGUCAUCAAAAAGCGCGGCAUAAACCGGAAGUGCGCUGCCAUAAAGCGUUUCCGUUGUAUAGUAAGUGUGGUGAAAGAUAAACAACAUGGACAUAAGACCGAACCACACGAUUUACAUCAACAACCUGAACGACAAGGUGAAGAAAGAAGAGCUGAAGAGGUCUCUCUACGCCCUGUUCUCUCAGUUUGGACAGAUCAUUGAGAUUGUUGCCAUGAAGACCAUAAAAAUGAGGGGCCAGGCGUUUGUGGUGUUUAAAGAACUUGCUGCAGCUACGAACGCACUGAGACAACUGCAAGGUUUCCCUUUCUACAAUAAACCCAUGCGAAUCCAGUAUGCAAAGACGGACUCUGAUAUCGUCUCUAAGAUGAGAGGCACGUACGGAGACAAAGAGAAGAAGAAGGAGAAGAAGAAGAAAGCUCAGGAGCAAGCAGCCAACGCUGCCAAGAAACCCCUGAAUGCAGUAAACACACAGCCGCCUCCACCAGCUACAGUCCAGGUUCCUGAUAAUCCUCCCAACUACAUCCUCUUCCUGACCAACCUGCCCGAGGAGACCAAUGAGAUGAUGCUGUCCAUGCUGUUCAAUCAGUUCCCAGGUUUUAAAGAGGUGCGUCUUGUUCCCGGAAAACACGACAUCUCCUUUGUGGAGUUUGAGAGCGAAGCCCAGGCGGGAGUUGCUAAAGAUGCGUUACAGGGUUUCAGAAUCACCGCCACCUGCGCCAUGAAGAUCACUUAUGCCAAAAAGUGACCCCCCCCCCCCAAACCCCCCCAACACACACGUGUAACAUGAGCAUUGGACUGAAACUGAAACGCAGCCCUGCUGAACGAAUCCUACGUUCCAUCAUGAUUUUUGAUUUGAUUUUCUUUUCAAGUUUUUGACUGUACAGGAUUUUUUUGUUGUUGUUUUAGAAAAAGCCACAACAGAAGAAUUAAAGUUUGGCAUCAGGGCUGAUGGUGGUGUUAUUUUUUAUGUUAGAAAAUUAAAGUACGUUUUUAACA